CCACUUUCAUUCAACCAAAAGCAAGCCAUUCACAUCUCCAACUCUUCCACUACAACAGCAAUGGCAACCAUGGCUCUCUCCUCUCCUUCUCUCGCCGGCAAGGCAGUCCCCUUUGCCCGCCAAUCAGUCGGUGGCAAUGGCCGUGUCUCCAUGAGGAAGACCGGUGGCAGGCCAGCUGCCUCUGGUAGCCCAUGGUACGGCCCAGACCGUGUUAAGUACCUCGGUCCAUUCUCUGGUGAGCCACCAUCCUACCUCACUGGUGAAUUCCCCGGAGACUAUGGCUGGGACACUGCUGGGCUCUCUGCUGACCCUGAGACAUUCGCGAAGAACAGGGAGUUGGAAGUGAUCCACUGCCGGUGGGCAAUGCUUGGAGCAUUGGGCUGUGUCUUCCCUGAGCUCCUUUCAAGGAACGGAGUGAAGUUCGGCGAGGCUGUCUGGUUCAAGGCCGGAUCUCAGAUCUUCAGUGAGGGUGGCUUGGAUUAUCUCGGCAACCCAAGUCUCAUCCAUGCUCAGAGCAUCCUUGCCAUCUGGGCAUGCCAGGUGAUUCUCAUGGGCGCCGUUGAGGGGUACCGCAUUGCAGGUGGUCCACUCGGGGAGAUCACUGACCCGCUCUACCCCGGAGGCAGCUUUGAUCCCCUUGGCCUUGCUGAUGACCCAGAGGCGUUCGCUGAGCUUAAGGUGAAGGAAAUCAAGAAUGGCAGGCUUGCCAUGUUCUCCAUGUUCGGCUUCUUUGUUCAGGCUAUCGUCACCGGAAAGGGACCACUGGAGAACCUUGCUGACCACCUUGCAGACCCUGUGAACAAUAAUGCCUGGGCAUAUGCCACCAACUUUGUACCUGGAAAGUGAGCUUUGAUCUUCAUGCAUUGUUGUUGAUGUACACUAGCAUUCUUUGCACGGUCAAGAAUCAAUCAAUGAGAAGCGUUUGAUUAAAUUUUAA